AUGUCUCCAGUCAAUUCUUCGGAACCAGGUGUUGAUCUUUCAUUCAUAACUACAUCCAUACACUUACUUGAUGAUUUAAAUCAAUCAUUGCUUCUCUCUAUCAUACAUUCUUUUGAAAAUUACAAACCGAAAAUCAUUCAAUCAUUGCUUUUUCCUCUCUCCAAGUUAUCUCAUAAAAAAUCAGCUGUGACUUUAAAUUUACGAAUUCAACCAAAAAACAAAAAACUUGAAGUGUUAUUCAUGAAGAGAGUAGAAAGAAAUGGAGAUGUAUGGAGUGGACAUGUUUGCUUUCCAGGUGGAAAAUUUGAAGAAAAUGUCGAUAACAAUCUCUAUGACACUGCAGUGAGAGAAACUUGUGAAGAAAUCGGUGUGAAUUUACGAGGUGAUAAUUUUGAUGUAAAAUAUAUCGGAAGAGUGGAUGAUCAUUUAGCUCAAGGAAACUUACCAGUGAGCUGUUUUGUAUUUUUAUGGAAUUAUUAUACCGUUACAGAUGACAGUCAAGUAAUCAGUAAUGUGAAAUACAAUAUUAAUCCAACUGAAGUGGGUGGAUUGCGAUGGGUUCCUUUGGAGCUAUUUAUUUCUAACCCAAAUAAUCAACAACGAGUUAAAACUAUUCAAGUUGAUGAAUUUGGAAAUAAGACCAUUACAAAUUCUCUAUCUUUUCAUAUGGGUUUAGUAUUUCCAAGAUUAAAGAGAGUACUAGGGGAUCAUAUGAUUAAGAAACUAGUUGUAAAUUUUCCGUGUAUUGAGAUUCCAUUGAACCCUCAUGACACGGAACAUAUUUCUGAUUUGCAAAAACCUCAGUUGAAAUUUGUGCUUUGGGGUUUAACUCUUAGAAUUCUUUCUAAUUUUCUUAGAAUUGUUCACGAAUCCUUACCGCUAUUGAAUUAUGACUAUGACAUGGAGAACAGAGUGGUAGAUUUUUUAACACAAUACUCCAACCGCUUUGCUAGAAAUUACUUGACACAAUAUGAGGAGCCUAAUGACAGCACAUCUGGACAUUCGUUUAAGAAUUCAAAUCAUACGACCGAAUUGCUUAAUAGAAUAUCCAAGCUGUGA